CCUAGGUUUUCUUAAACACUGUCGUUUUUGGUACAAAAGAGAGACGCUAGAUCGGGAAACACUUGGGGAUUUUUGGAGAGAAACAUUCUCUCGGUUCCACUACUACCACCUCUCAAAUCUCAAUCGCCGACUAGUAUCUCCUCCGUCCAGCCCAUUCUCUGCCAGGAAUCUUCCGUCACACCGUACCCGGUCUCGCUCAGUCCGGAAGACACCAUAGUUAGAAGUUGGUGAUCAUUUUCAAUAAAACUUCCAACAUGUUCAAGAAGUUUUGUUUGGAGGAGAUUUCAUCACAAAACCAAGUGAAGGCAUCUGUUCAACGUAGGAUCCGCCAGAGUAUUCAAGAUGAGUACCCGGGACUUGAAUCAGUGAUGGAGGAUCUACUUCCCAAAAAGAUUCCUCUUAUCGUAGUGAAGUGCCCAAACCAUCUGACCCUAGUUGUUGUCAACAAUGUCCCCCUCUUCUUCUGUAUCCGUGACGGGCCAUACAUGCCAACUUUGCGUCUUCUUCAUCAAUACCCAAAUAUAAUGAAGAGGUUUCAAGUUGAUAGAGGUGCCAUAAAGUUUGUUCUCUCUGGUGCAAACAUAAUGUGUCCUGGUCUUACAUCCCCGGGAGGCGUUCUGGAUGAAGAAGUCGACGUUGAAAGGCCAGUGGCCAUAUAUGCAGAAGGAAAGCAACAUGCCUUAGCAAUAGGCUUCACCAAAAUGUCAGCAAAGGACAUAAAGAGCAUCAACAAAGGAAUUGGAGUGGACAACAUGCAUUACCUCAACGACGGUCUCUGGAAGAUGGAGCGGCUAGAUUGAGGAUGAUGUCAAAUGUCAAUGUGAAUCAGUGUCGGAGAGAGAUAAUAUGAUCUCCUUUUAUGUUCUCUCUAAACUUAUGGAGUUUUUGUCGGGAUCAACCUUAGCUUUGAUUUGAUUUGUUUUCAAACAUUUGAUACUUAUAUUAUGAGGGAACAUCAACCUUAGCUAAGGUUACAGUUUCUAAUUCCGUAUAAUCAUGCAUGGCUUUACGCCUUUUUGCUUUAUACGAUCACUUAGCAAGUCCUACGUAA